GCGACGUGACAAAUCAUGCACACACAACCUUACCGUAAAAUCUGAGGAAAGAGUCAAAAACGAUUCAAAGAUGGUGUUGUCUGUUUCUAAAUCUCUUCAGUGUACCGUGUUAGGAGAUGGCUUUGUGGGAAAGUCUAGUUUAGUAGAACGAUUUCUUGGAGGAGAUUUCAAUAACGAGUAUGUAGCCACGUUACAGGAUGAUUACACUGCAAAAUGCAAAGUCAACGGGGAGAACCUCUUCGUGAACAUCACUGAUAUUGCUGGAGAGCAUGACGACCUGACAUCCAUGGAAACACCUGACGUUUUUGUCGUCUGCUUCAGUCUUGCGGACAAAGACUCCAUGGAAAGUGUGCUCAACUUUUGGAUUCCAAGAAUCAAGCUCCAAGAUAAAGAAACACCUAUUGUUCUGAUUGGCACCCAAUCAGACAAGAGACGAGCAAACAGAAAAGAACACGUUUCUACUGAUGAAGGCUUCACUUUGGCCACAUCCAUUGGUGCUGCUGCAUAUGUGGAGUGCUCAGCAAAAGACACCAUGGGGGUAGAUGUAGCCUUUUACAGCAUCCUGCUGGCCAGUAACCAGUGCACCAUGGGAAAACCAAGUCUCUUUAAACGCAUUUAUGAUAGAUGAAAAGCUGGACAGAAAUUGGCGCUAUGGUCCUUGAGCCAUAGUUCGAAUUCAUAAUAAUCUGUGUUCAGAUACAUUUGCAGUGACGAAUUCUCACGAGAUGUUUCGUCACUCAGAAUUCCAGGAGUCAAGCGUCCAUUCUUCACGAGACAGACAGGCCUUCACGUUAAUUGCUGUCAAUCAGGACAAAUAAGAAGGACAUUAAUUGUCUCCACAUGCUAAAUCAGGAAAUAUUACAACAGAAUUAAGAAUUUUAAGAGACUUAAUAAUUUCUUUUUCUUGAGACUUCCAACGUACAAAGAAGCCUUUGUAUUUUGUACUGCUUGAAUAUAAAUAUUUAAUAUCACCGACGAAUUCUUAAGAUAUAUUACAUGUAUUUAUGGUUAUAUUUAAUCAUAUGA